UUUCCCUUUGCGCAUGAAUCUUUGACUCCCCACCUUCAAACCCCCACUUUCUUGGAUACCAACUAAAUCAUUCUCUUUAGUUGGUAUCCCUUUGUUUCUUGGAUAAUAAACCUCGAGGCUUGAUCAGCAACUUUUGUUACUUUGAGCUCAGGUCACCCAGAAAACAAAGAUGGUGGGGGCUUUGUCUGUGGUGGGUUCGUCAGUUAUGGACUCUCAAACAGCUCCAUAUUUGUGCUUGGAUGCAUUGCCAUCCACCAACAUGAACUUCAAACCAGGUGGGGAGUGGGUCAUGCAGAGGAGGAAUUCAAUGAAAAGAAAGCUAGCCAUCGCAAAACCAGGGUCACUGGAAUUACGCAGCUCUUUUGUAAAUUCAUGGCAUGACUCGAGGUUGUCUUACAAGAUGAUUCCUGGUGCCCUGAACAAGAGUUCAAGGAAGCAACGUAAGGAUCGAAAACUCGUGGUCAUCGACAAUUUAGGAGGGCAGUAUGAAGAUACUUUUGGGGAUGUUAAAAUGCAAUUACUCAACUAUUUCACGUACAAAGCAGUGAGGACUGUUCUGAAUCAGCUCUAUGAGAUGAAUCCACCACAAUAUACAUGGUUCUAUCAGUUUGCAGCAGCAAAUAAGCCCAGUGAUGGCAAGCGUUUCUUACGUAUCCUUGGCAAGGAGAGGCAAGAGCUUGCUGAAAGAGUGAUGAUAACAAGGCUUCAUUUGUAUGGGAAAUGGAUUAAGAAAUGCGAUCAUGCUCAAAUAUACAAAGAGAUUUCGGACGAGAACUUGGAACUGAUGCGCGAGCGGCUCAUGGAGACCGUUGUUUGGCCCUCCGAUGAUACAAACACCGAGAAGAUUGGCUGAGGGACCCUACUCUAUCUGAUUUCUUUCUGAUCUCUGUUAUUAGCAUUAGGCAUCCUCUCUGUAAAAUCGACAAGAUCAACGUAUGGUGACAAAAUGAAUGUUGUAUAUAAAUACUACC